AUGGACCGCAACGGCCGUCGUAUGCAGACCCACCCCAACACCUUCUCUCGCCGGUCUUCCGACGACCCCUACUCCAACUCCGUCGAGCUCCUCAGCCACGCUCAUCCCUACACGGCCGAAGACGAAGACCAUCCCGACCAUCCCGACCAUCCCGACCAUCCUCCGCCGCCUCCCGCCAUGAUCGGCCGCCGCCUCGCCCGGCGCCUCGAGCGUGCCUGCUGCACCUGUGCCACGUACUUCCCGCUCGCGUUCGUCUACAGCAUCUCGACAUGGGCCUGCUGGGUCAUUGUGCACCUCGUCACCACCCCCGAAGCGUACAACCACGCGUCCUGGACGGGGCCCUGGUGCGCCGUCGUGGCCGUCGUCAUCUAUGUCAUGAUGGUCUGGUCGUACACGGCCGCCGUCUUUACGUCGCCCGGCAGCACCACCAACGACCAGGGCUACAGCACCGUGCCCACCAACUCGGCCUCGCCCUUUAGCGGCCUCGCCGACCACAACGAGGGCGGCGGCAUGGACUCGGGCAGCCUCACAGUCAAGUCCAACGGCGAGAUGCGCUUUUGCAAAAAGUGCCAGGCCCGCAAGCCCGACCGUGCCCACCACUGCUCGACCUGUCGCCGCUGUGUUCUAAAAAUGGACCACCACUGCCCCUGGCUGGCCACCUGCAUUGGCCUGCGCAACGGCAAGAUGUUUCUUCUGUUUCUGAUCUACACCUCCUCGCUCAGCAUCUUCUCCUUUGUCGUGGCCGGCUCCUGGGUCUGGACCGAGAUUGUCAACGACGCCACCUAUACCACCGCCGGCGAGAGCCUCAUGCCCGUGCAGUACAUUAUGCUGACCGUCAUCGGCGGCAUCAUCGGCUUUGCUGUCGGCCUGUUUACGGCCUGGCACAUUGUCCUUGCGAGCCGCGGCCAGACCACCAUAGAGUGCAUGGAAAAGACGCGCUACAGCUCGUCUCUGCGCGGCUCCAUGCCCUUUACGGCGGCUGCCACCGUCGCUGGCGCCAUCGGUGACGGCAUCUCGACGCUGUCGGCCAAUGCCCAGGCAGCCGCCGCCGAGCGCGGCGUGCCUCUGCCGCAGUACGGCCGGCAGAUGAACCAACUUCAUGGUGGCGGCGGCCACAGCGGCGACGAGGAGCAGGGCAUGUUCGCCGGUGUCCAGGGCGCACACGACGACAACGACGACGACGACGACAGCACGCUGCUCAACUACAGCAGCAGUGUCGCCAGCGGUGCCCAAAGCCAGAUGGGCCGUCGCAUGACCUACGACGACCUCGAACGCUACCGCGCCCAGAAGCGCCACGAAGCCUACCUCGAUGAGCAGGACAGCGCCAAGCUGCCGCACGCCUUUGACCUCGGCACCCGCCGCAACCUGCGCCACAUGUUCGGCACCAAGCCCUGGCUGUGGCCCAUUCCCGUCUGCACCACCAUCGGCGACGGCUGGACCUGGGAGGCCAGCCCCAAGUGGGUGGCCGCCCGCGAGCGCAUCCAGAAGGAGCGCGAGGCCCAGCGCGCUCGUGAACGGGCCGCUGGGUGGGGCAUGGACGACGGCGCCACGUCGCCGCCGCCCAUUGUCGUUACGUCUGCCACGCCUCCACGGCCACGCCCACAAGGACCCGGCCAGGGCCAGCCACCUGCUUACAACCCGCAGCAGCGCUACCAGAACCAGCGCGCCGCGCCUCCUUCCAAACUCAACCUCCACCCUUCUUCGUCUCGGACGCAGCCGAGCCGCUACCACCGGUCGCCGCUCGCCCCGUCCAAGGCUGACCGUAUCCUGGGCCGUGACCCCAACCAGGGCUACACAGAUGCCGACUCGAGCGCCCGCCGCAACAACGAAAACACCAACCGCAAUGCCGUCUCGAUGGAGCGGUUGAGCACUACCGGCCGCAAGCUGCCAGAAGACGACGUGGACCUCUUUGAGGACGACGAAGAGGACCACGACGACGAGCUCGACAAUACGAGCGAAGAGGACGCCACUACCUUGGCAGAUGCGCCCAUUCUCGCUCCUGCACAAGACCAACAGAACCAGCGCCGAGCCCUGUCGCCGCUGCGGGCCCGCUGGAUGCCCGACCCCACCAGUGCGCUCCUGCGCAAGGCGUCGCCCGUCGGUGGCUCCGGUGCAGGCUCGCCCACGGCCGGUGCGGCAUCCCCGACCAGCACAUGGCCAGAACCUGCCGAUGGCGCCCACCAGCAGCCGCACGAGCAGCUGGACGAUGGCAGUGUCGACUAA